GGGCAGGGCAGGGCAGUGUGGGUGCCGGGCAGGGCAGGGCAGGGCAGUGAUGGCUGAUGACUUGGACCAGUUGCUGGACGAGGUGGAGUCGCGGUUUUGCGGACAGUCGGCGCCUCGUCAGCGGAACAAAGGCGCCGGAGAGAGAGUCAGUUUGUCUCCAGAUACAAGUGAAGGAAGUUCUAAAGAGGAUGAUUUAAGUGAUAUGAUUGAAGAUAUUUUUCAUGAUGAUCCAAUCAUAUCAAAUUCUUCUAAGCCAGGCCCAAGAACUGCAGAUUCUGGAGGCAAAAGGUCAUCCUCACAGGUCCAAGGCAGAAAGUGCUGUCCAGUUUACCUCGGUGGUAGUUCUGCACCUCUGGGGAUAGGAACAAAUAUAUCUCCGAGAACAUGUGAUCAGCUCCGCUGUACUGCCUGUGACUUUAAAGUGGUUACUAUUGAUGAUUAUGAAUGGGACAAGUCAUGCGACUACUUGUUUUUCAGAAAUAACAUGCCCGACUUAAAUAAGCUAAAAGGGAAACUGUUGAAGAGAAGAGGUGGACGAGCAUAUGCUUGUCAGUGCACCUGGAGGUCCAUCCAGGACCUGACCGACCUUAAGGGGGACCAACAAAUUCGCUGGGUGUGUGGCAGACAUUGAGGGGAGAACAUUCUUAUCUUUACCCACCAUGUCUGGGCAACGUGCCGAGCAGUUCUGGGAUCUAAGUUAAUAUAUUAUCUGAAUUAACCCAACACCUGCAGAAUGUUGUACAUGUCAGAGGAGUUGCUGGCAUGACCUGUUUCUAUUGUGAUAUAGAAUGAAAUAUGAAGGUCACAUUUGUAAUACGUGCAGCAUUUUAGUAUAUUGACUGGCUGAAGGCACUGCGCUCUCCUGAUGCUGUUCUCAGUGUAGAACUCGAGACUCGGACAUUGCAUUCGACUGCUGGGUUUUGGAAAACUGGCUUUUUGAGUUUCUUAAUAUGCCAAAAAAAUAAUAUCCAGGAAAGUUGUCAGUGGAAGAUCAGGAUCCACAUGCUGAAAGUGCAAAGGUUUGUACCUAAUUUCUUUAACAUCACCAUUGAGAUCAGGGUGAUGCCGGGGGGGUGGGGGAGAUUUCACCUCUGGCCCGUUCAAUCUGGUCAACACUAACUCGAACUGCAAAUUAUAUUAUUAUAUUAUAUUUAUAUUUUAAUAGAAGUUAGUGAGAAGCAUUACCUGUUCUAAAAUUAAAUCAAGUGCAAAGGUCAGAUAUUGUUACCUGUAGAAAUAGACUUGCAUUCAGUAUGUGUUGGAGAAUGAAUUGUACAGGCAAGGCCAAACAUGGAGUUUGGCACUCCAAAUUGAGAUGUUAUUUGGAAAACAUAGUUUAAACAAAAACUCAUCAGCUUGGUUGCCCAAAUGAUUGGCUUCUUUAGGAGCUUUUCUGUACCUGUCACUGUAAACAUGCAAUGCAGCUUGCUCUCCCCUUCAUAUCUCGUCUAUUAUUUAUCCUGUUACAAAUUUAAUUGAGAUCUCUUACUUUGUAUCUUGCUCUCAAUGUGCA